AUGGGGUGCUGGCCAUGCGAGGGGCUGCUGCUGUGUGCACUCCCGCUGCUCCACCCGGAUCAGGACCCCGGGGUGGCCUGGGGUGGCCAGUGGGCCUCGGCCGCCCGUGGGACCACCAAGGAGGGGUGCCUCCGAGCGGGUGGGCAUGUGUCUGCCGCUGGGGCCGGUGCUUGGUCUGGGGGCACAGACUGGGGAUGCGAUUGUCGGGGGCAGGGCCGUGGCAGGGAGGAGCUGGCCGUGGGGGGCAGGAGCCCUGUAGAGCCUGUCUCAGCUGGGCGCCCUGGGCUGGGCCGGGAGAUGCCCGCUGGCGCAGAGGGGGUGGCGGCUCAGAGGAGGCUCCGAUGUGGAUUGUGUGUCUGUCUGCAGUUGAAAGGUGAGGACAGCUGCAGGGUGUUUGUGUUGAAAGCGGAGCCACUGGACGAGGGAGGGCUGAGGAGGGGGCUGGGGAGGGGCCGUGGGGGGCUUGCCUGCCUGGAGCUGAGGGGCCCUGAUGGGCGCCUCCUGAGGCUGCAGAGGCAGGAGUUGGGUGGUCUGCUGAGCGGGGCAGUUGGAUGUGGGCCCUGGGCCUCUGGCCCACCUUCCCCUGAGUAUUCAUGGGACUGUGGACACAGCUUUGGCCUCGGGCCCCGGGCCCCCAUCACCAGUGCAUUGGGUCUCAGUGGGACUGCCUGCCCGAGGCAGGGGUGGGUGGGCAGGGCUCUGAGAAGGUAG